AUGGGAACGGAUGGGAGGAAGGGUAUCCCUUUCCAGUACAAAUUCACGGUACUGUUCCCACUAGGCAUCUCAGAUGAUGAAAAGGUCAACAUGAAAGUACGACGGGAACAUCGAACCUAUGGCGAUAUACUUCAGACGAAUUUUAUUGACAGUUACCGUAAUCUCACGCUAAAGACGUACUCGUACUCAGAUUAUGUACGGCAGAACUGCAUGAACGUGAAGGCAGUACUGAAAGUAGACGACGAUCUCGCGUGGAAUGUCGAUAAAAUGUUCAAUUACCUGUCGGAAAUUGACACUACUGGCAAUGUUCUCUACUGUCGAUCUGUGAAGGAUCCACUCGUAAAUCGUGAUGGCCGAGAACGGUGGCGUGUAUCAAAGAGCGAAUAUCCAUAUAAGUACUUUCCCGAGUACUGCCUGAGUCCUGUUUACGCGGCUACACCAAUGACAAUAUCAGCGUUGGCCGAAGCCACCAGCACCGUACCACAUCUCUGGGUAAUUACUUUUUUUCAAGAUGUUUUGAUAUUUUCUCAGCGCUUGACGAUGUCUGGAGUCUUGGAAUCGUAG